UGACACUUCAAUAUCAUUAGAUCUGUACUGAGCAGAAAAGGGCUGGCGUCGGCUAUGGGCGGACUACGCAGGCGCAAAGGACUAGAUCCCUAAUAGAGACAGUGCGGCAGGAAAACCGCAGCAACGCCAGGGAUUUGUGUAAGGAAAGGGGGGAAAUAAAAAUCCAAAGAAAAAAACAACAUGGAAUUAAAAUAAACAUAUCUAUCCACAAAUGGAAAAGAACGGUUUUAAAAUGGAAACUGGAUAACUUGGAUAUGCGUCUUUCCACAAAUAAAUACAUAAUAAUAAUAAAAAAAACACGGGGCAAAGCCAAGGAGAAUGGAUGAAAAAUGCAACGGAAUCUGCUGCUGCUUGAUUUUGCCAGCUGAAUUGAACACGCGAGAACAUAUGGAAUACUAAUUGGAAAAACAUAAUCACCAAGCGCUGCUGUUCAGAUAAGGUCAACUGUGUCUGUACAGAAAACGUUUUUUUGAAAAAAAAAAAAAAAAUAAGCAAACAAAAGUCAAAUUAGGUGCAUUGAAUUCCAUUGGAGGGAUGUCAUCAGGUCCCAUUGCUUGACAAGCAGAUACUGGUUUCAGGAGACGGGCAUUUCCAUCUGAGGUGUUAGAAUGGGCGAUGCCGCAGAUAGCAAGGAGAUUAGAAAGACUUUUAUUGUUCCAGCCAUAAAAGCCUUUGAUCAAUACGACUUUUCCAGGGCUAAAAUCUCUUGUAGCCUGGCAUGGCUGGUUGCCAAAGCCUUUGGGACAGACAAUGUGCCAGAGGACCUGAAGGAGCCCUUCUACACAGACCAGUACGAGCAGGUGCACACCAAACCUCCCGUGGUGAACCUGCUUCUGUCAGCUGAGCUGUACUGCCGUGCGGGGAGCCUCAUUCUCAAGAGCGAUGCAGCCAAGCCUCUCCUGGGACAUGAUGCUGUCAUCCAGGCGCUCGCACAGAAGGGACUUUAUGUCACAGACCAGGAGAAGUUGGUUACCGAGAGGGACCUGCGCAAGAAGCCCAUUCAGAUUAGUGCUCACUUAGCCGUGAUUGACACUUUGAUGAUGGCUUACACAGUGGAGAUGGUGAGUGUGGAGAAGGUGGUUGCUUGUGUUCAGAAGUAUUCAGCCCUCACAGACACAGAUCUGCCAUACGACACUGAGGAUGCUGUCAUGAGCUGGAUGAAUAAGGUUAACGAGCACUUGAACGAUAUAAUUAUGCAGGAGCAGAAGAUGAGAGCAUUGCGGUGUUCAGACACGACUGGUGGUCCAACGUCUCCAACCAAAUGGUAUUGGAAACUGGUUCCUGCCCGCUACAGGAAGGAACAGGCACUCACAAGUCAAAUGCCUUGUAUACCCUCUGUGGAGAACUUAUUGAAAGACAGUACUGACGGCGGAGCUCUUGCUGCGUUGAUCCAUUUCUACUGUCCUGAAACGGUCAAGCUGGAAGAUAUAUGCCUGAAGGAAACCAUGUCAUUGGCAGACAGCUUGUAUAAUCUUCAGCUGAUUCAGGAGUUUUGUCAGGAGAACCUGAACGGAUGCUGCCACUUUGCACUGGAAGACAUGAUCUACGCCUCCUCCUCAAUAAAGAACAACUACCUGGUGUUUAUGGCAGAGCUGUUUUGGUGGUUUGAAGUAGUGAAGCCUUCCUUUGUACAGCCUCGGGUUCUAGACAUCGAUGUUGAUGCAGCAGAGGCAGUUCAGCCAAUAAGGAACAUGCCCACGUUUCCCAUUUCGAAUGCUACAAAAAGAAGCUUUACUGAGAGUCCUUCCAGUCCAGACAUGGAUGCCAGCCUAGGCUUGUCACCACCUCUGUCUCUUCUGCCACUUAGACUCAAACAGCAGCGGCCUCAAAAUGCCACUUCAGGAGCAAUGAGAAGAUCCACCUCAAUGUCUUAUGUGGAUGGCUAUGUUGGAACCUGGCCGAAGGAAAAAAGGUCAUCGGUCCAUGGAGUGUCCUUUGACAUCCCUUUUGAUAAAGAGAACACUAUGCAGACCUCUAUCCCUCCGAGCCGUGGGAUGACCAGAUCCUUCAGCAAUGAAGGUCUAGGAUUUAAACUUAAUCAACACCCCAGAAACAUAAAGAGAAACCUCUCCUUCCAGCCCGUGAAUGGACAGAGCGAAGCAGAAGGCAUUGAAGAGGAAAUGUACCCAGAAGACCAAACUGACACAGAACUCUACAACAACCAUUCAGGAAGAGCUAAUCCAAGGAAACAGUAUAAACUUUCAAAUGGGCCAGUGCUGGAUGAGUAUGGCAAUCCCGCUGGGACACCAAGUAUUGAAGAAGCUUUGCAAAUAAUCCACGAUUCCGACAAACCGCAUAGUGUCCUUCAGUCCAAUAAAGUCAACAAUGGGUUUUUCCUCCAUAGUCAGGAUUUAGGUGAUUUUAAUUCCAAACUUAACACAGAGGAACCAUGCUUGGACUCUACUGCAGAGACAAAGGGGGCUAUGAGCCCUGACACUACUGAGGUGGACACUGGGAUUCAUGUUCAGACAGAAGACAUUCAGGAAACAAUAGACGAGGACUCUUCUUUAAGAGACUACACAGUGAGCAUGGACUCUGACUUGGACCACGACUAUGAACUAAAAGUAAGCAAUCCCAGGGACAUCACAAGCCCAUGCCCGAGCUCAGUAAGUGCCAAGUCCCAGGCUGGGAGCAGUGCUUCUUCCAGCUCUGGAGUUAAGAUGACCAGUUUUGCAGAACAGAAGUUGAGGAAAAUUAACCAUGUUGAUGGCAGGAGCAGCGGAAGCAGCUCCCAAAAGACAACCCCAGAGAGUUCAGAGCUAAACAUUCCACACAUGGGGGCAUGGACUCAAACACCGGAGGAGAGCCCGGUCAGGCAGGGGAGAGAUCCCACACAGCUCCUGGCUUCGGAAAUGGUUCAUCUCAGGAUGCAGUUGGAGGAGAAGAGGAGAGCGAUUGAAGCCCAGAAGAAGAAGGUAGAGGCAGCGUUUACAAGACACCGGCAGAGAAUGGGGAGAACAGCAUUCCUGACUGUAGUAAAGAAGAAAGGAGACGGCACAUCGCCACUUAGGGAGGAAUCUAUUGGUUCAGAGGAUGAAAAGCUAUCAGCUGACAGCCAGCCUUCCAAGAUGUCAGAGGAUAAUACCCUAAAACCUGGGAAAUGCAAAACUGAGGAUACAUGGUCUGAAGAUAACAUGGACCCAGCUCAGAGCAGGUGGCUGAAAUCACCCACUGAUGAGUCUAUAGGAGAGGGAGACCUUGUAGAGUACACCAAAUCCAUUGAGAAGCUGAACUCUUCUCUGAACUUCCUGCAGCAGGAAAUGCAACGCAUAGCACAGCAACAGGACAUCAUCAUGCAGAUGAGGGAGCAGCAAGCCUGGGGGAUCUCUCCUUCACAGCCAUCUCCUCAGAAACAGGUGCGGGAGCUCCGCUCUACUUCACGCUCGACUGGCUCUCUGUCACCGGUCCUGUCAUCGGCCGGAGAAUCCCCAAGGACUUCUCAUCGAUCCCCUCAGGCCAUAACAAGAAAGUCAGCGUCUUUUCACUCCAAAACCCCAAGGACUCAAAGACCAAACGAGUUAAAAAUCGCCCCUUUCAGCCGUGUCUUGACCAGUCCCCAGUCAGUAGACAGUCUCCCCCACCUCCGGAGGUUUUCUCCCAGCCAGAUCCAGACAAAGUCGUUUGUGCACUUCGGAGAUGACCAUGCGCCCACCGGUGAAUCGGAGUCGAGAGACAAGUAUUCUGCCCAGGAACCUAAACCAGCAGACUCUGCGACAGAGCAAGGUUCAGAGAUGGGGGAGGCACAUAAGCAGCUCCCAGCAGAGGAAGAGAAGGAGGAUAAGGAGGAUAAGGAGGAGGUCAAGCCCCUGGAAUCGACAGUUUCAGAAGUAUUAUCCCAGCCUGUUAAAGAGACCUUUAUUCUUACCCCCAACACUGAAAACCCAAGGGAGCCUAUAGGACAGAGCACUAAGACUGUGAGCUUGAUUGAGGUUCCUCUCUCUGUGCUGAAGCCGCUAGAGGGGCAGGUGCUGGAGGAAGCCGGUGAGGGAGGCAGUACCGGAGACAUUUAUUAUGAUGAUCAGAAAAUGUGCUGUGGAUUCUUUUUUAAAGAUGACCAGAAAGGAGAAGACGACAUGGCGAUGAAGCGAGCGGCCCUCCUGGAGAAACGACAGCAGAGGGAGAGGGAGAACCAGCAGCGAAAGCAGCAGCUGGAUGUGGAACUGGAGCAGAAGAAAGAGGAGGCCAGGAUUAAAGCAGAAGAAGAGCGUCAGAAGAAAGAGGAUGAGAAGGCACGGCGAGAGUACAUCAAGCAGGAGUUCCUGCGGAGGAAGCAGCUCAAACUGAUAGAGGACAUGGACACGGUGAUAAAACCUCGGCCUGCGAGCUCCAAGCAGAAAAGGCCUCGUCCCAAGUCGGUACAUAGAGAUAUAAUGGAGUCGCCCAGAACCCCCGUCAGAGCUUCAGCAGGUUCACGACCUCGUGUGUUUUCAGUGUCUAGCCUUUCACUGGCCUCCUUAAACCUAGCAGACAAUGAGAGCAUGCUAUCAGGCAAGAGAAGUCCCAGUAGCGUAGCCUCUGGAAACCUUUACUACUUAAUGAAAUCAUCUAAACUGAACAAGGCAAGACCUGAGUCCACAGAUGGGCUUUUGUCUCCUUGUCGAUCAUCCAGUCGCAAUGAGGAGAAGGACUGGGAAAAUGGCUCAACAACCUCUUCAGUGGCGUCGAAUACAGAGUACACAGGACCAAAGCUGUAUAAGGAACCAAGUGCAAAGUCUAACAAACACAUAAUCCAGAAUGCUUUAGCUCAUUGUUGCCUGGCCGGCAGAGUAAACGAAGGUCAGAAGAAUAAAAUAUUAGAGGAAAUGGAGAAAUCAGAGGCCAAUAACUUUUUGGUGUUGCUCCGGGAUGCUGGCUGCCAGUUCAGGUCGGUGUACACGUACUAUCCUGAGAUGGAGAUGAUCAACAAGCUGGCUGGCAUUGGGCCAAAGUCCAUCUCCAGGAAGAUGAUAGAGGGGCUUUACAAAUACAACUCUGACAAGAAACAGUUCAGCCACAUUCCCGCCAAAACCAUGUCUGCCAGCGUUGAUGCAAUUACCAUUUACUGCCACUUGUGGGCCAAGAGGCCAGUGACGCCCAAAAAAGUGCUGCCUUCCAAGUCAUAGUGGAUUGAACUCUGUUUUUUGGAAAUUUUUUUAAAAACAUUGCACUUCACUUUACCAUUAGGAAAAGGCUUUUAGCUGCCGAUGGACAAUAACACUAGAUCCAUUUUUUAUUUUUUUUUGUUCGAACUGGACACAGAGUCGUUAUGCACAACUGGAAUGUAAAACACUAUUUAAAAUUAUUAAAUGGAUAUCACUAAUGUGUUUAGUACAAGAGAUCAUUGAAUAUUAGGUCAUUUUAUUGAAGCACGUGUGUGUGGUUUUGUGUGUGCUAAUCGAAAGAUAUAUUUUAAUUUGGUGCACUGAAUGCCAUUCAUCUGUAUAGAUUGAAUAGUCAUACCUGUUAACAUUUGUGGCCUUAUGCUUUUUUUAUUUUGUAUGCGACUGCCAUGAGGUAUUUGUGAGGGUGUUAUUUCAUGAGAGGUUUUUGAAUGCAAGUGACAUUUGUUACUUAUUUUGUGAUAGAAAAAAAAAUAUGUUUGGUCUUAAGAGUUGAGUUGAAAACCUGAAGGUAUCAGGGGAGGUCUUAAAAAGUACUAUGUACCUUUACAAAGUGUAUCAUGUUGUACUGUAGAUUUAAAGGACGUCACUACAAAAGUAUUAACUUAUUAACUAGGUUAUAGCAAAUGGCAAAACUGACAAACUCCAAAACUGAUGUUUCUUUAGAAAUGUAUUUAACGGCAAGUUUACACAGUAGAAUGUUUAAAGAAACAAAAUAAAGUGGACACAACUAAUACGUUUCAUUACAUAUUUAUGUUAUGCAUUUGGCUUCUCAGCUCUAGCUAUAGUAUAAAGAGCCUUUGUUGCUACUCCAAGUAAUGUAAUGAACAUAUAACGUCCACUGUUAACAGGAUUCGUUAUUGUCAAUCUCUGUAUUCACACCCCACCCCUGCACCCCCCCCACCCCAAAUCAGUUAAUUCACACCCCACCCCUGCACCCCCCCUCCCACCCCAAAUCAGUUAAUUCACACCCCACCCCCGCACCCCCUCAUCCCCACCCCCACCCUCACCCUCAUCCCCACAUCAGUUCAUUCAAAUGUCUAUUACAUUAACACUAAAGAACCCAUACCAGUAAAUACAAUGAAAAACAUUUGUCAUGUCGGGUUACAGAUAUUAUAUUUGGCAUUUAAGAUUUUCACAUUCAGUGGGACUAGUUUGCCAGACUUGGCUGUUCUGAGCAAAUGAGUGGUUCCAGGAGGGUUAAACUGUAGUUUAGAGUUGUAAAUACCAGUUUAAAAACCAAGGGUAUUCACGAAUACUGAAACUCCAGUCAUGUAUCCAACAGCCAUAGUGAUUGCUGUAUUAGCUACAUGUCUUAGUAGGUCAUAUUAUGUUUUCAUGGAAAGUUUUAUCCAUGAAAAAUGAUGUAUUUAUCUGGCCAAACAUUACUGCCACAUUUAUUUAUUUUUCUUUUUAAGGUUUAUGUAUACAUAAAUGUGCAUAUUAAGCAUGUUAUUACUAAAGAGAAUCCCUGAUUUUUUUUUUUUUUAAUUUCCCCCAUGGAUGGGAGCUAGCUAAGUAAUAGGGUUAAAAUAAAACAAGAAAUACCUGAUAUAGUUUUGAUAGACUGCAGGUCACAGGCCUCCCAUGUCCUGUCUUAUAUUUUCAUACUCUUGAAAUGAUAUACCGGUAUGUAUUUCCAUGUGUGUGUUGUCAAUCAGAUAAAUACUAAGGGGAUGAUAUGUUGUUACUGCUAUACUGUGUUUGUGAGGUGGAGGUGUCCGUAUUCCUUCAGUAAAUGUCUUAUCGAGAAUCUGCAAAA